ACGCCAGAUAUUGGCGUCGAAAAAAAAAAACCUUCCGGCCGAUGGAUCUCCUCUCCGCCGCGUACGGCGCCACCUCCGACGACGACGCCGACGCCGCCCCGGCUCCCAGCUGGCCCGCCACGGCCCUCCCCUCGGCCGCCCCGCCUCCCCCGAAGCGGCCGCGGUGGGAGUCUCCCCCGUACCCUGGGUACCCACCACCUCCUCCCCUCCCCGCCUCGCGACCGGCCCCACCCCAAGCCGCGCCGCCGCCGCUGGCUGGCAGAAGGUACGUCUCCAAGAGGGAACGCGCCCUCCUGGCGGCAUCCCAGCCUCCCGUGGGCUCCGCGGCACCGCUUCCUCCGCCGGAGUUCGACUCCCCAGUUGUUGGAUCUUUUGCUGAUUCAAAUGUUCGAGCUGAUAUUUUGCAUUAUUUACGGUGCCAACCAAAGCCUGGAUCCAACAACAGUUCACCUUUCAAGCUCUCAGUGUCUUUGAUGGGUCACACUAAAGCAGUCAAUUGUGUGGAUUGGUCACCGAGCCAUGGACAUCUUCUUGCUUCUGCUGGAAUGGAUCAUACAGUCCGCGUAUGGAACGUUUGGAACAGAGGGGAUACUACUGCUCGAGUUUUAAAACAUCAUACUGCUGCUGUAAAGGAUGUGAAGUGGUCCCAUCAUCGGCCCUUCUUACUUUCUGGCGGGUUUGAUUGUUCCUCACGACUAGUUGACGCUGAGGAGGGAAAAGAAAUCAGGGUAUUCAAGGAGGAUCAACCAGUGGAGGUCGUCAAGUUCAAUCCAAGCAACUCAAAUCUCUUCCUGUCUGGUGGGUCCAAGGGUUCUCUUAGACUCUGGGAUAUUCGAACUGGCUUAGCAACUAAAGAGUUCAACAGAAGUCUUGGCACCAUCCUUGAUCUUGAAUUCAGUGCUGAUGGGAAGCAGUUUAUCUCUUCAACUGACACAACCAGAAGCAAUGUUAGUGAGAACACUAUAAUAGUAUGGGAUACAUUACGAGAAGUUCCUCUAUCUAACCAGGUUUAUACAGAAGCAUUCACCUGUCCCUGUGUGAGAUACCACCCAUACGAAGCUUCUUUUGUCGCGCAAUCCAACGGCAACUACAUUGCGAUUUUCUCAGCAAGGCCGCCAUUCAAGCUAAACAGGUAUAGGCGGUUUGAAGGACAUGGAGUGUGGGGCUUCCCGAUAAAGUGCAGUUUUUCCUUGAGCGGGAGGGAACUUGCGUCCGGUUCAUCCGAUGGCUGCAUCUAUUUCUAUGACUAUAAAUCCUCAAGGUUUCUGAGGAAGAUUGAAGCCUUCAAAGAAGCGUGCACUUGUGUUGCAUACCACCCUGUACUCCCUAAUGUGAUCGCUGCAUGUGGCUGGACUGGUGAAAUAUCUGUUUUCGAAUGAAGAGCACUGAUCCUUGCAGUGUUCUCCUGGAUUUCUAACUGCAGAUUCAGGUUGACCUAUCACUACAAGCUUGGCCUGCCUUGUGUUUGGGCAAUCUCGGUCAUCAUUAUUUGCAGUGGGAGUUGGGAGUUGGCUACUGAAUCAGCAGAAUAUGUUUGAAGGUGCAGGUGGUGCGGCUUACAUUUUGUAUCCACGGAAGCUUUGUUGAUGGAGUAGGAUGAUUGAAUCGAAGGAGGUGCAGCGGCGGUCUGGCAAUUGCUGCAAGGUGCCUCUGUCCCCAUAUUGUGCUCCUUGAUGCUGGGAUUUUCGAGCCGCGCCAUGCCAAAUAUCCCCUCUGCAGGUAGCGUGUUCUUGGAUUUGUUCUCUUGUGUCUUUGUGCUAAAUCAAUCGAUCAGUUGGACAUGAGUAAACAGUUGCCACCAACAACUCAUGAGCUGAAGAAAACACAAUCAUUGACAAAACAUCGCCGGGGACUGCAAUUGACUGAUUAAAUAGUUUCACAAACUCGAUUUCCUCAUCAGAAACUUGGACAUAGCAGUCAAGGAGAUGCGGAGGGUGAAUUAUAACUGUAGCAUGGAGGUCCCUCAUGGACAGACAGACCAUCUUAUUGAAUUAAUUAAAGAAAGAAAAUUACAUUGGGUAAAAUUACAAAGGAAACUGUGCGUGUCACCAUCGGCAUAUGCACUGAUUCAUCUAGACCAUGUAAACUCCAAUCGCGAUGAGUUUACCUCCAUGACGCCCGAAGAAGCCAACGAUGCUUCGGUCUUCAGGCACGUCAUAGUUGAAAGGAAUACCAGUUGUGCGUCCAUAAGGCCCGUACUCGUCUUCGUUGGUGACAAACUUAAGUGACUCUAUAACAGUCUCCUCAUUAUGGUCGACAUAAGUUCCUGAUAGUGCUUGCAAAACCUCUUGAGGCCCCAGCUCGAUCUGCAACCAUGGGAAAAGUUAAGGAAAGGAAAAAAUUGAUCAUCCAUUGAAUUGACCGAAUCAAUGCAAAAUUAGUAAUCACAGUAAGAACCAAACACAUGCAAAACAAACCUUAUUAAGGACGCGAUGACCAUGACUAGCACCCCAAGCACCCGUGGUGCGCCUCUUGCCAGACAGGUCAACAUAAGUGCAUUCAAACAUAGCAAUUAUCCCCUGGUCCUGGACGAUCGUCAUACUUUGUAUGCGCCAUGAUUCUUCUAACUCGUCUUUGUAAGUAGUGUAGUCACCAGCUCCACCCCAUGGGCCAGCUCUUGUGAGCAUGGGCAAGCUCUGUAUCAUGCACAAGCAAAUGUGAUUCAUUUGCAUCAGCUAGCUUUUAUACACCUGACGAGAGCUGGAUUGGUGAAUGAUCGAACUUGCAAGUAAUUAAAGCAGUCUUUUGGGAGCAGUUGCUCAAAUUUUCCGGCUGUAUUUCCUUUCUUCUUUCAAGGCAAUACCAAUGCCUUGAAUUCAUUCUACCUUAGAAUAACUUCAAACAUCACAUGUUCUAUUAUUUUAUUUUAUUUUCUCACGAUUUCCGAAGUUUUUGCUACCA